AUGAAGAACAUUCAUAAUCUUAUGAUUAGGACGAAUGAUUUAUGGUUGGAGUUGGACGACGAUAUCUGCUCAUCGGAUUCAUCUCCAUCGAUCUCGCCCAGCCUACGGACACCGGCCAUAGCUCUGCCUCCACCUCCUCCAAAAAGCGCUCCACCAUUUUCACAAGCAGCCCAGUACGCCAGCUCAUCAAACCUCUGUAACGGGGAAGUAUCGUUGAGCAAUGGUGGCACACCCACAAUGCUCCGACCAGAAGACAGUCUCCUCCGCCCACACGAUCUUGAAUCAAAUGGGAAACGAGUCGAAAUUCAGACUGCUACGUCUGAGUGUCGAUUGCAACAGUCAUUGUCAACGCCCUGCCCACAAGAUGAUCAGACAUCGCGGAAAGAGUCUGAGUACCGGCGGUUCAAGUCUGAAGGUUCAUCAGGCGGUGCACUGCCAGCUGGACCAGAAAUGGAUGUGGCCAUUGACGACCUAUCACCGAUAGCCGAUUCCAGAUCAACGCCACCGCACCGUUUCAAUUUGAUAGCGCAAGACUCUGUGGUCAAUGGCGGUCCUAUCACGAAGCACUCCAACACCGAGCAGGUGCUCAUGAUGCACACACUCAAGACGAAGACCUCCAAGUACCAGUCCUUCAUUGACAAGGCCUUCCAGAAUAUCAUGCAGGCCACAGAUGAACAAAUCAUUGAGGGUUGCACCAUUGUGGCGAAGGUGAUGACGAAGGCAUGGAUGAUUCCGAAAGUCUCACACGAUCUCUCAUUUGCUCUUUGCGAUUACUUGAGAGAAAAGAUGUACCUCGACGCACUCAUCAGGCUAUUCAUUGGCCCGACUACCUGCGAACCUGUUCGAUUAGCUUGCGGGCGAGUAUUGGAGGAGUGCAUGUCGUUGAACAACAGAGAAUACAUUGUGAAUAAGGGAUGGCUAAAAAAGAUUGUCACGAUGGCGAUGAAGCUGAACAAAAACGCUGAACAACAGCGGAUGAGCCUGAGUAUCAUGGAGAGCAUGUUCAAGCACAGUUCGAGCACGUCAAUGAAGCUGAUUGAGUACGGUGUUUUGGAUCACAUCAUUAUCACCAGUAAACGUGCCAUGGACACGCCCACGACCCUUCGCCAUGCCGCUCUUGGCUUGGCGAAUCUCACCCUGUAUACCUGUUCAGAGGGCAAGAAGAAGCUCAUUCAAAAGAAGCUGCCGGAAUGGUUAUUCUUAUUGGUGAAUCAAGACGACGAUCUCACACGAUAUUAUGCAAGCUUAGCAAUAUGCAUGUUAGCCAGUAUCAAGGAAUUCGAGUCUGCUGUCAUGAAAUCAGAUACGCUAAAAUUAGUGGAGCCAUUUCUACUUGCUCAUGACGCCACCACUUUCGCAGGCGAUCACUAUAAACACUCACAGGGACGUCCAAAAGAAUGGUUAAGCAGGUUGGUACUCUAG